GGAAUUUUAUACCUGAAAACAUCGUUUGCGACAGGGGCGUUCGAUGCGUUUGUUUCGCCGACGCCGCUAAGCCCGUUACGAGACGAAUUUCGACGCAACCGACGACGACGACGACAACGUCCGUGCGUGCGUGCGUGGGAUAGAAUAUUGUUUUCGUUUUUGAUGGUUUUGUAGUUGCUGUAGUUGUUGUUUUCGUUCGUUAGGUUAAUUUACAUUUGGUUUGAUUUCGUGCAGCUCGUGGAUGCAGAUCUGCUCGUGAGCGUUGUGCCUAAUUUGAACCGAUGCGAAGAACGACUAACGACACAGUGCAGUGAACGACCCUCGAUGGUUCAGUGGUUCCAGAUUUUCAGACCUGCGAGCACUUUGUGACCGUAGUGACCGGGUGAUGCGUUCGGUUCGCCAAGAAACAGCCCGUUCGUUCUCGCCGAAAAUCAUGUGACAAAGGUGUGUGUGUGUAUGUGCGUGUGUGUGAAGGUUGAAAAAUGAAAAGUUUAGAAAAUAGAAACAGUGCUCUGUAGUGAUGAAACGAAAAAGAUCGUGAAGCAAGAAAAUCGUGCUGGUGAAAAGCUGGUCCCUCAAUAUCCGAUCAAAGUGAACCUAUCGAGUGGUGGAGAGAGAAAAAAUUGCAACAAUCGCCAAACAAACAGUUGAGGCAGGUUUCGGCUCCCAGGGCGGUGCAGUCAAACACGGCUUCCCGCACGAACGCAGUAACACCCGGUGCGGAGGGAGCAGGUGCUGGAGAAGGAGGGGGAGGCGUCAAGCAGGUGGCCACGACUUCCACUUCCAGUGCUUCCAUCGUGGUUGCCCCUCCAGUUGCUGCACUCACCACUGGCCACCGAAUGCAGCCGACCAUUCCACAGAGCACGGGAGGCAGUGAUAUGGACCUCCCUGCCGUCCAGCCUAUGGAUUGGUUGUUCAAAAAGGAGCGCAUCUAUCUGCUAGCACAGUUUUGGCAACAGCGUGCCACGUUGGCGGAAAAGGAGGUAAACUCGCUCAAGGAGAAACUGUCGACCACGGAUCGCGGAGUCAGCAACAACAACAACAACAUUAGCAACAGCGUCAACAAUAACGACGGUAACGAUAUGGACGUUACGGCACCACCGCCACCACCGCCAUCGCUUUCCGCCCCGACACUGCCAACAUCCCUGCCGCUGGCCGCGUCCACAUCGCCCACACCGCCGACCUCCUCGUCACCAUUGACGAUCAUCGAGCAGAACGGGAUCGCACCACCGUCACCCUCAACAACGCCCGUUUCGGACAGUGGCAGCAUCCACCGUCCGGAAGUGGCGCUCAGUCCGAGUGACAAGCCGCUCGCAGGAUCACGAUCACCGAUGACGGUGAUGAGCACCCGGUCGCGCACGCCGGAAAUCGAUCGUAAAGUGCAGCAGGAGCUGGCCGGCCUGACACACACCAUCAACAACAAUUGCCUCUCCAGCAGCAACAACAAUCACAACAGCAACAACAAUCGAUCGCCCACUCAGUCGCCACCGGCCACCGCGGAGAAGAUGGAGUGCGAGAGUGCGAGUGCGGUGCCGGCGAAGGAGCUGACCAGCAGCAGCAGCAGUAGUAGUAGUAGUGCGCGAACGAGUGUCAGUGAGUGCCACAAGGGAAGCAGUGAAAAGCUCAACAACAGCUCAUCCGAGACGAACUGUAGCAGUGGAGAAGUUGCGGAAUCGCCCAACAAGGACUCCGUUGUGGAGAGCAGGACGAGAUCGCUGACGGAGGAACUUUCUGCCAAGGAUCGUGAGAUAUCGCUCCUGUUCGAGGAAGUUGGACGGCUGCGGACGGCCAUCGCCAAUAUACAGGAAUCGCACAACCUGCAGAUCCAGCGGCUCGAGGACCGGCUGGAGGAGAAGCGGCAACACAUCGUGCGGCUCGAGUCGCGCAUCGAAAAGCAGCAGGACUUUGACGAUAUCAAAAAGGAAAAUAGUAUGCUUCGCUCGGUGGAUCUGAGUGCGUCCCACGAGUCAAAACAAUUCCAGGAGCUGCUCCUCGAACGCACCAAAGCGCUGGCGGCACAAACCGAGGCAAUCAAAUCGUCGUCGACCACUUCGGAAGGAUCCCCACUCACCAGCGGCUCCAGCAGCGUUGGUGGCAGUGGCAUCAAUGGUGACAGUAAUGCCGGAAUUGGAGUUGCCUCUUCGCAGCCCAUCCGUGCUCUCUCUCCCUCGAACGCUAGCAACAGCAACAGCUGCAGCAACACCACUAGCUGCACCAGCCAAGCUUUGGUCACCGCUGCUAGCAACGCUAAUGCGCCCUCUGGCGAUCUGGCCACUAGCGAAUCGCGUAACUGCACGCACGAUCUCACUAACAGCAACUCUCCAACUAACAACACCACCAUCGGCAUUGCUUCGUCCGAAAUUAACAACAACUGCUCAUCGACCCCGUCCGGUGUCAGUUGUCCGCCUCCGCCACCGCAGCCCCUGCUGCAUCCUCCCCUGCUUCCGCCUCGCUCUCCCCAGCCAAACCUACGAUCACCAUCGUCUUCCGCCACCGUCCAGCAACAGUUGUGCCCUCCACCAACGACUGUAGCGGGGGCCGCAACGCUGGCGACGACGACGACGCCACCAACGGCGACACCCAAUCCGAACGAUCCGAUGGCCGGGCUAAACUCGUUCCUGGCUCCACCGUUGCAAAACGUGGAACAGUUUGGGUCGUUCCUGGGCGAGGAACUCGUCAGCAGCUGGCGUCGGGGGGCUCUCGAGCUGCCGCCACCUCCGCCGGGACUGGCAGCGGCCGCCGCUGCUGCUGCUGCCGCCGCAGCCGCCGCGGCACGCAAUCCAGCCUUACUAAUGAACCACCAUCAUGUUGUUAACUCGCCCUCCGCAGAUCUACCAUCCUCGCUGGCACAUCAUGGCACGGGUCUCGACCAGGACAAAGCCAGCAGCCAUCACGAGAACUCGUCCUCCGCCAGCACACCGAUCCUGCGCGAAGAAACUUCGCGGCACGACGACCGUCAUCUUAACGGUGGCGGUGGUCUAACGCCCAUGUCGAUCUCCAAGAGCCCGCUCGAAGACAACAACAAUACGCUGGGUGCGCUCAGUCGGCUCGAUGGCGCCGGCUCGGGCAAUCUGAUACAGGGACUUCCGUUUCAAUUCCAAGAGCGAGGACACUUCCGGUUUGCCGAUGCGUCCGAUAUGCAGAUGCCACCGGGAUCGAUGGUCGGCCGGCUCGGGGACUCGCUCAUCCCCAAGGGUGAUCCGAUGGAGGCGAAGCUGCAGGAGAUGCUACGAUACAAUAUGGACAAGUACGCCAACCAGAAUCUGGACACGCUACACAUUUCGCGCCGCGUUCGGGAGCUGCUGUCCGUGCACAACAUCGGUCAGCGACUGUUCGCGAAGUACGUGCUCGGACUGUCGCAGGGUACUGUGUCGGAGCUGCUGUCCAAACCGAAACCCUGGGACAAGCUGACGGAGAAGGGACGGGACAGCUAUCGAAAGAUGCACGCCUGGGCGUGCGACGAGAACGCCAUCAUGCUGCUCAAGUCUUUGAUACCGAAGAAAGGUGCAGAACCCGGAAUGCCAUCGUACGGUCGGCCAGACGGUGAUCUCAGCGACGACCGCAUGCAGCAAAUCCUGUCCGAAGCCUCCAUGAUGAAGCGGGGCGAGCAGCCCACUCCACAGCAACAGGCCCACCAUCAGCAGCAGAUGCGCGAACAGAUGCAACUGCAGCAGCACCAGCUACAGCAGCUUCAUCUCAGCGGACUGGACGACUCCACGCAGCAUAGUGACAAUGACUCCAAAUCGCCACACAACCGUGACGUCCACUCACCCUUCUCCAAAGACUAUCUUAGCGGCGGACGUCUGGGCAGUAGCGGGCGACCCAAGAAGUACGACAACGACGACAUCUCGCAGGACAAGAUCGCCAAGAUCUACCAGGAAGAGUUCUCCAAGCUGAUGCGCAGUCCGCGAGAGUUCCCAAAUCUGCUAUUUCCACACUUUCUCAGCGGCGGUAUGCCACCGAUGGAUCGCCUACAGGACGACAAUCUCCGGAUGGCAUUUGAGGCCUACCACCGAGAACUGGCCAAACUGCAGCAGAACGCCUCUGCCACGCUUCCAGGCAUGCCCAACAUUUCCAGCCUUCCCAACUUCUUGGCACUCCAACACCAACAGCAGCAACAGCAGCAGCAGCAGCAACAACAGCAACCACAACAACCAUCGCAACCUUCCACGCCGUCAGGACAACCGUCGACUCCAUCGCAACCGUCGCAGCACACUACGACGGGAUUGAACGGAGGAUCUGUGCAGGAUCUGUCCCUGCCAAAGGAGAAGCAAUCGUCCGCAUCCAAGCUGAACGGCGCGAUAUCCGACGCCGAGUCCGAUGCUGACAUGAGCCAGAAGGAGUUGGACGAAAGCAUGAAACACAGCGCCUUCAGUCUGGUGAAACCAAAGCCUUCGGAACCGUCGGGCAUGUGUACGCCCACCACGACCGCCUCCUCCGCCGCGCCAAGUCCCAUCGGCAACAGCAUCCUGCCCCCGACAAUCACACCCACAGACGACUUCUCCGUAGCGGCCAGUCCGCUGCAGCGAAUGGCGUCGAUCACUAACUCCCUCAUCACGCAACCACCCGUCACACCACAUCACACCACGCAACAGCGCCCACUCAAAGCCAUCCUGCCACCCAUCACUCAGCAACAGUUCGAUCUGUACAACAACCUCAACACAGAGGACAUUGUGCGGCGCGUCAAGGAAUCCCUUUCGCAGUAUUCGAUCAGUCAGCGGCUGUUCGGAGAGUCCGUGCUGGGCCUCUCGCAAGGGUCGGUCAGCGAUCUACUCGCCCGACCAAAGCCCUGGCACAUGCUAACCCAGAAAGGCCGCGAACCCUUCAUCCGUAUGAAGAUGUUCCUGGAGGAUGAGAACGCGGUGCACAAGCUAGUCGCCAGUCAGUACAAGAUCGCUCCGGAGAAACUAAUGCGCACGGGCAACUACAGCGGUACGCCGCAACUGCCCGGACUCCACCUGCAGAAGCAGAUGCCUCCGACCAUGCCCAAGAUGCUGAGCGACUCGAUCAGCAAGUUGCAGCAGGAUCAGCAGAAAACGUUGCUACAGCUUCAGAUCUCCCAGAUGCAGCAGCAAAUGCCCACGGCCCAAGCGGCCCAGGCUGCCGCACAGCAUCAGCAUCAGCUGGCCGCGGCUGCUGCAGCUGCUGCCGCCGCGCAUCACGCCGCUCAGGUACAGGAAGUACAGCGUCACACGGCACAACAGCCACCUUCCUCUCAGCCAUCGCCCCUCGGUGCCAUGGGCUCGCAGAACUCCUCCUCACAGCAACGGCCUCAGCAACCGUCCCCGCAGACGAUGCUCCUGACGCCUCCGGGCAUUCCUCCCCAGCAUGCCAUCGCGCUGCAGGGCCAUGCGGCUGCGCAAGACAAGAAGUCCUCCAUCAUGAUGCCAAUCCACUCGCCCGUCCCGCAAGGACCUCCGGGAUCCGUUGGACAGCACGCAUCGCAGGCAGGGGCACCGAACUCAAUGCGAGGAUCGCUCCACCAACACAUCUCCCCGACGGUGUACGAAAUGGCCGCACUCACGCAAGACCUCGACACGCAGGUUAUCACGACCAAGAUCAAGGAGGCGCUGUUGGCGAACAACAUCGGACAGAAGAUCUUCGGAGAGGCUGUGCUGGGACUUUCGCAGGGAUCCGUGUCUGAGCUGCUGUCCAAACCGAAGCCCUGGCAUAUGCUGAGCAUCAAGGGCCGUGAACCGUUCAUCCGCAUGCAGCUGUGGUUGAGCGAUGCCAACAACGUCGAACGACUGCAGGUGCUGAAGAACGAGCGACGUGAGGCCAGCAAACGGCGUCGAUCGACUGGCCCAGGUGGACAGGACAAUAGUAGCGAUACCUCGAGCAACGACACGUCCGAGUUCUACCACUCCAACUCACCCGGACCCGGUUCGGUUGGGUCGGCGACAGCUCCUCCGAACAAGAAGCAGCGUGUCCUGUUCUCCGAGGAGCAGAAGGAAGCUCUCCGACUGGCGUUCGCGCUCGAUCCGUAUCCCAACGUGCAGACAAUCGAAUUUCUGGCUAGUGAACUUGGGCUCUCGACCCGCACGAUCACCAACUGGUUCCACAACCACCGAAUGCGUCUCAAGCAGCAGGUCCCGCAUGGUCAACCGUCCGAACCGAUUCCUUCGCGCGAAAACCAAUCCGGUGCACCGUUUGAUCCGGUGCAGUUCCGCGUGUUGCUUGGCCAGCGGUUGAUGGAAAUCCAAAAAGAGCGGUUGGGUCUGAGCGGUAUGCCUCUGCCCUAUCCGCCUUACUUCGCGGCCACCGCACCUGCCACCAACCUGGCCGCUCUGAUCGGCCGAGGGUUCAUGCCGGGCAGUGAGGCGGAUCUGGCAGCCCUCAACAAGAGCAUCAGCGAGCAGAUGAGCGGACUCGACCUGUCCAUGCCCUCCUCGUUGAAGCGGGAAGGUGACGACGACUACGAAGAUGAUGCGGAGAACGAAGAGGAAGCCGGCAGUGGUCACAUGAGCGAUUCGGAAUCGAUGGACGGAAGCAGCAAACGGGGCGGUGACGAUGACGACCUCAAAACAUCCCUCUCGCUCGCCAGCCUGCAAGCCAUGUCGCGAAUCAGUCGCCGUAAGCCAGCUGCCCCGCAGUGGGUCAACCCUGAGUGGCAAGAUCCGGACAAGAAGACCGGUUCCGUAGCGACGGCCGUCUCCAACAUUCCCUCCGCCAAGAAGGACGCCACGGAUGCGAUCAUCAACGGGGUUUGCGUGCUGCAGCCUCCGGACGGUGUACCCUCUGUGCAGCAACGAUUUGCCGCGGCCAUGGCAGCGGCAGCAGCAGCAGCCGUUGCAGCGGCAACCGGUGCCGGAGCGACCGUGCCUUCCCAAGCCCAGGACGACCCGUCGAGUGAUGCGGAAAACGAAGAGGAUGACGCCAAGUCCACUCACUCCAAGCACUCCUCGUACGGAUCGGAGGGUAAGCUGGACGAGGAUCGGUCGAGAACUGCAAACGAUGAGUCGGAAUCGGAAGCACCGUGUUCGGACGCGUUGCGACCGGGCGUGGAAGAAGCGGCAUCCGAUUCGGCCCAGCAAGAGAGUAACGGCAACCGUUCGGGAACCUCCAGUCCUGCUUCGUCCUCGGUGAUGGUCAAGAAGGAGAUCCUCGACGAUAACAACGGUGAUCGGUGGGAUGCGUACUAGGGCCGGUUCUAAACCGGAAGUGACCGUGUGUAGUGGCAGCAGCAGUAUCAGUGCAAUCAAACAACAUCCCCGUUGGACAAACAAAAAGUGUCGCAAAGACAAAGCCGAGCGAGACAAAGAGACACGCUAGCGAGCUGUGUAUGUGAUUGUUCUAAACCUCCACUUUUUCCUUACGUUCUUGUAAAUAAUCUAUUCGUUUCUACCACUUCCUUGUUUCUCUACUCUACGUUUCGUGCCCUUCACGCUGUGUGUAAGAAGACUGUUAUGAGGUGAAGUUUUUAAAACAAAUGCGCGGAUGCAACUGUCAAGCAACAAAUAGAAAUCAAUACAGCGAGAGAGAGAGAGAGAGAGAGAAAGAGAGCUUGCAAACACACAAAAAAGUCAACGCUCGUUUAGCUGGUAAGGUUCAUUAUUUAAACCGAACGGAACGGUGAAUCCGGUGGUCCACGCGGAAUAGCAAGAAGACAAAGAGACGAACUUUCCAUUUUCCCUCGUAACAGAAGCUCGGCUUUAGAUCGCGAGAAAAUGGAGGAUUCGGUUUAAGCUUAUUGAGUUAGGAUUUACUUUUCUUUUAACUAUCGUACCGUUUCUUUCGCUUAUGUUUUUAAUAGUUUAGAUCGAACGAACAGAAGGAGAAGGGGAAGGAGCGAGUAAAAAGGGGGGUCCUAAGGGAAGUUAAGGACGAGACCGAACCGAACGCCGACGGUGAUCGUGUUUGCGAAUUGCAUUUAUAUGUUUUUAUCAAAUCUUGUAGAUAAUGAGAGCAGCGAAGCGAAAGGCCGUGUUCCAGCCAACCGGGAAAGUUUAAUAAACGUACUUAGAGAAAAUUUAAAACAAAACAUAAAAAGGGUGGAGAAACAAACCAAAACACAAACCAUCCCGAAACGCUAAUGGAGGCGCCCGGUUAGUAACGGUGAAGUUGAAAAUCAAAAGAAAAUGCGCGACGGCAGAACAAAAAAAAAGAAGAGAAUAUUGCACAUAAAUCAAGAAUCAAUCAAAAUUUGCUCUCCGCUCGAGAAAGGAAGUUGAGUGGGUGACCGUAUUUUAAGCACAAGCAAUUUACUCACAUACUCUUCCGCCAUUCGCCAUUGUUCACUUUUUUUGUUUUGUAAAAUAUUAAUCGUAAACCGAUUGUAGCUAAACGGAACCCACACACCCAGACACACACACACACACAUUAUUCACAAGGACUUGUACACAUUACAAACUGAAAAAAGGCCAAAUAUAUUGUUAAAGUGUAAGUAAUUGCUAGGCGUUACAGAGCGAGAGUCGAUCGGGAUCGUGACGAGUUGGUCCUUCUCGUGUUUUCUUUCUUCUUCGCACGAUCACAUGCACCUGUUUGUUUUAAGUUCCGCUGCAUUCGUGAUGCGGUGAUGCGGUUUUCUGUCUCUUUAAGCAUCGAUGAAGCGAUCUCAAAUUUCAUACCAAAUAUAUUUAACAGUAAUGCGACCAGGAAAGCAAGCGACUCUUCUACAAACAGCACACAUUAGAAGACAGGGCAAGCAUAGGGCAGAAAUUGCAGAAGUAGAACUUUUAUCUUACUUUCGUUCGUGUUUUUAUGAUUAUUUCCUUCGAACCAAGCUUCGAAGUUGUACAUUGUCCUGUACAUAGCGAGUUCGAUCGUCACAGAGCGCGAUCACCAUCACCACACCCUUUCCCGUUGCUUCCAUUCCACCGUUAUAAGAGGAACGAGGCGUAGCGAAAUCCCCACUCUGCAGCAACAACAAACAAACGCAUAUCCCGAAUUUAGCGAAAGCAACAGAACUGACCCCUGCAAAGUUGGUCCAUGUUGGCGCAUUUAAUUGGGUAUUCCCAUGCCCACACAGACACACGAACAGUUUGUCCGUUUUAACGUGCUUGCCAGAGUCAGGUUGGCACACCAUUGUACAUUUCAAACCCCGUACGUAACCAGGAAGCGCGAGGGACGAGGGAAAGGGACGUGUCCCCGGGGGGACGGGUAUGACUCCCGGCGGAACUGAUUUUAGUUUUUACUGUACUGUACAUUAGACAUCCCGCCCUUCGCUGGAUAUAUUGUUACGCGAACGAGCCGGCGACGGUCUUGCUCUUACUCAGCGGCUCAGCAACUCGGCCUUCGGGUCCGAGCUGGCUCGAAACAACAUGUUUAACAGAUUGUUUCACGUGAGACGCCGCGAGCGCAAGAAGCACGGCUAGAAGAAAUAGAGAGAGGAAUGAAUAGCUAGCAAAAGGUUCAACUUUUUUAAGUACGUAAGUAAAUCGAAACAAAUUUAAAGUAUAAUAGAGAGUAGAAAAGGGAAAAUUAAAACAACAACAAAAGAAUGGUGAAGCGAGGAACGAACGAUUUAAGCAUACGUAAGCAUGUUCGGCGAAGAAGUAAAACCAAGGAUGCAAUAUUAUGAGCGAAUACAUAUUUCAAAAACAAAAACAAAACAAUAAUUUUAUGCAAAAGGCCGUUUUUAGAAAAGCGGAACCCGACCCCAAAUUGGACGUGAGAAGCUGGUGCGGAAAACCGGCAUCGAAAGGAGAACCCACAGAAAAGGGCGUGUAAUGUAGCGUAAGGUGUAGAAAGAGUAGACAAGCAAACAAACAAACAAACAAACAAACAAGCACCGACAUUUUGUUAACUUAUUGUCCGUAAUAGUUCUUCUAUUGAUUAGUUGUUAGGGCAUACCACCCCGAGUUCCCGAGUGGGUGUUGUUUUCGUUUUAACUGAAGUCUGUCUGGUUUCAUUUUGUUUCUUUUCCGUUCGAUUUACUCUAUUCUUGCAUCAUCGACCAUAACCGAUCGAGCGAAACUUAGGCAAGGGUCGGUUGGUAGGUUGACGGAUCGUGUACAUAACGUUGGUGGAAGCUUUGGUUUGGUUUGGCAAAAAAACAAAACACAAACAGGAUCAAGUAUUUAGAAGUAUCUAGAGAAGCCAGCAAUUAUGCAGUAAAAUGGUUUACAGUAAUUACAACUUGCCCAAGGUAUAGUCAAGGGUGGACAGCAGACGGAAAUUAAUAAUAAUCUAAUGGUAAGAGCGCGUGCGCGAGGUGGCAGAGGAAGAAAACAAACGGGGCGGGUUGAAUUAGUAACUUAUCGAGAUUUAAUCGGCUUGUGGAAAAAUCGAACAAACAACACACUCACUUACGGCAACAAUGCCUGAUCUGAUAACUGAAUGCAAACACUUUUCGUUUCGUAUUUCAAUCGAGUCGGUUUAGUGCUGGUGUGCAUGUUCGUAAACGUAAACAGUAAGCUGAAAAACAAUUCCACACAAACAACAACACCCUCACACACACACAAACAUGCACAGACAAUUCAAGCAAAAACAAACAAAACAAAGCGAAAAACAAUAAACAAAAGGAUAAAAAACGGGGAAGAGCGAGAUGAAAAAGGAAGCAACACAAGGUAAUGCGAAUUGUAAAUACUUAUUAUCAUAUCAUUAUAUUAUAUUGUAUUGAUUAAUAUUAUUACAAAGCAAAACAAAACAAGGAAAAAUCAAGUAAUGGUAAUACAUUAUUGCAUUGAAAGUAAAAGAAAAACAAAAGGUAGACAAACAAUCGAAUACAAGGGCCACAGAUACAGAAAACGAAACAAAAACAUAAACAGACAAGGAAAAUACACACACAGAAAUGCACACAAUUUCAGUGGAAGCAGAGAAGAAGAAAACAAGCGCAGGCCGACGUACAGCAGUAAUGGAAGUAUAAAUUAUAUUGUCUUCUUUAUGAAUUUCUAUACAAUAAAAUGAAAAAUAAAAUAUUAUCUGUAAUGAAUAAUAUAAAAA